AUGACACCAGCAUUCAGCGCCCUGAAAAGAUGGUUUUUACGGGUUGCUCGCCGUUCUGCGAGUUUCUUCUCCUUUUUCUUGUCUUUACUCCGCCGAUUUUCUAGAUAUCGUUCAAAGCCCGGAGAUUCGAGAUUGAUCAGCCAGCCUCGUAUUUCCAAUGGAGCUCUCCCGCGACCCCUUGAAGGGGACAUAGCGGGAGAGGAUGUACCCGUUUGUUUCAGUCUUUUGCCUCCUGAUCCAAUGGGAGUGGAAGCUGCGGGAGAGUCUCUAUCCCCUUCAGAUGAUCCUUACACAGGAACCCAUUCACGACCUCUGCUAAAGGGUACAUUGGCACCUCUGUUGGAAGGUAAUGAAGCGGCAGCAGGGCGCCCCGGUGCAACCGAAACAGAUGGGCUUCAUCAGGGUUCUAUGUCAAGUCUACACUCACCCCCGCAGGGAGAGGCCUCGGUAGACAACAGGACGAUUCUCAACGACCCAUUACAGGAGUCCAGCAGCCCAGGCUCAUCGCGUUUUUCUGGCCUGCAUGAAGUAUCCAGAACACAUUCACGACCACAAGGAUACAUGGAUGAUGCUCAUUCUAUUAAUACAACGCACACGCCAUCCAUGAGCCAUAUGGCACCUGGCAUGCCAUAUUCCCAAUACGCGUCCGAUAGUCGUGUUUCGACAAGCAUCGGUCGCUCCCUUACACGAUCGAUUGCUGGGUCAGAAAGUCGACAAGCUGCAUAUCGAACACACACAGGACCUGUCCAUUCUCGCCCGGUUUCCGUCCAUAGUUCCAUACACCACGGAUCCCUGAACACUGUUUCUGUUCCAUUGGAUUCGCCUGCCCAGGUGGUGCCAGGAUCAGAUCUCGGUAUUGAUCAUCACGUUCAUUACACUGCUCCGCCUGACAGUGACGAGCAACCGGGCACAGAGGCCGUCAUGGUCUAUGACGGUCCGCCGAUAAGUGCUAUGGUUCCAAGCGGAGUCAGGAGGGCCGCCAACAAUUCAAAAACUACUGUCCCUGCUAUGACAAUUACAUUUCCUCUGCAUGAUUUGGAUGUUCCCCCAGGAUGGAUCUCGGUUGUGCAUCCAGAAGGUGCUCGUUACUUUGUGAACCAAACAACAGUGCGUCAAGUUCAUGGAUUCUUGAAGGCUGACGGUCUAAGGUACGACGCACAGAGAACAAUCACAGAAAUGAAUAUCUAUGACGAAGAAAUAUGCGCUGACAUCGAAUACUUCAUGGCCUACUUGCUGGGUGAACUUCGGUGGACCGUUGAGCACGGGAACCUCACGCUCGACAUGACGCAAGUCGACCUUGUGGUCGAGCCAAAGGUCUUAGAUAGCACCUCUGUCGUUUGUUGCUAUUAUUUCACCAACCAUCGUGACAGAUGCCUCUUUUGGUUGGAUGACUUCGAUGCUCAAGAUAUUCUCUUCGAAUGUAAAAGCAUAAAGACUCUUGCACAUAUACGACUUGCCAUUCAAACACAAUAUUGGUUCAUAUGCAUGCAAGCUCACACGCAACGUAGGAGCCAUUGGGACUACUUCCCUAGCCAGUGCCCAGUUGCACAAGACCUUGUCGACGAGGUCGAGAAUACAUUGGUGCAUGCGGCAUGCGACUCGUUAACAUCGACGGAAUCUCCUAUGGCAUUUGGUGCCAUUGAGGUGAGGGAACUUCUGUCUGCGGUGGAUAAAAUCAAGGUCCACUCCUCUGCGUAUCAGAAUACGCAGCAAUGCCAUGCUGCCAUCGUCAUUGUCCACGAACUGCGCAAGAUUUUCGUCGACGACGCUACUUGCACAGUACGGUGGAAUGCAUUCAGUUUAAAAGCGAAAGGGCAACUCCAGAACUCCAAUCUCUUGGCCACUAUCUUGCUCAACGUCAAUGUCGGGUUUCUCGCUAUCAACAGUGUCGAUAAGGGGGGUAGAAAUGCCGUUCAGAUGGCAAGUUACAUGUCUCUUGUGGUGAGCAUGGGAAGCAUGAUUCUUGGCUUGUUGCUGGUUUCGCACAAUCGUACCAUGGGUCAAGAUACUUCAAAACAGACAUUUUUCAAUCAGGACUUUACGAUCGAAACCACAAGCUUGAAAAGCUGGCCCUCGUUUACAGCCUCCCAAGGCGUUGCUCAUUUGGGGUAUGGUAGUAUGAUCCUCUUUUUUACGGCAUUCUCCAUCGAUUGGUGGAGUCCUGGAGACCGAACUUCCAGGAUCCUCGUUGGCACUAUGACACUAGCCGUAUUCGCGACGAUCUCAAACAACAUCCUUCGCAUCCUUGAAGGAGACUUCUGGCCGUGGCAGCCAAUCCUACUGCAUGGCGGCAUCGACCGGCGACUAUUGGAUUCCCUGGCUGACGCUUGGAAGCGAGUCAUGAAAUUCAUGGGGAUGGGGAUGAGAAGAGCUGAAAGAGCCCUCAUCCGCGACUCUCAACUCCAUACUGAAGGGUUUGACCUUAAUCCCUUUGGCUCCUUGCAACCAGAUGCAGAGCCAGAUAUUCCAUUGCGCGGCACCUCUCAUCCAAUCCUACCUUUGAUUCCACUAGAAAUACUGGGCCCAGACGAUCGUGAUACUUACCCCCACUCAUAUCCCCCGAUUCCGCCAUAUCAACCUACCACUGCUGCAGAUUCACCCCAGCAACCACAUGAUGUUAGCUCCGUGCUGCCAUCAUCGGAUUCACGCACCAGCCCAGGUUUUCUGUCAGGCGCUGGCCCUUUACAAAGCUCUGCGUUAGCAGGGACGGUCAGGACGGCAGCCAACGCGAUAUUGCAUUCUGAUGCUCUCCCAACCAUAGCCACCGACACGGCCACCUCCACAUUACCUGGUCCAUCUCGAACGGAAGAAAGGGAGAGGGUGGAAUAUACCGAUAAUGUGGUCGAGGAGCCGGGAGAAUUAGACGAUCCUCAACGUCUGUCGAGCACAACGCCGCCUCCAAGAAUCUUUACUAGAAGCGCCACUGCUGACUAUGGCCGUCAUGCUCCGGUGGCUCCGAGGUGGGCGUUAGAGGACGGGCAUGUCAUAGAGGAGUGCCAAGAAUAUGAGAAAUGGCUCGUGGUAAUCGCAAGAGGAAAACCAUUUGUACAAUGCGAUGAUGUAUAA